AUGGCGGCUCCUGCGUUCGUACGCUACAACAGAGAUGGCAAGAUUGUGGACAUUGAUGAGUUCCAGGUGGCAAUCGCCAUCCUUGCUGGCGAUACGCAGGCACUAAGCCGCGAGGCCCAGUCGCGGCACCUCUUCGAGCUCUGCAUGGCCUUUGGCCGCCAAAGCACGGCGGCUGCUCUGCUUACGCAUGGGGUGCCAGGCUGCAGGCUUGAGGUUUGGCACUUAGGACCUUACGCUGGCAAAGCCGACUCCCAAGCGAUAGAUGUCAGCUGCAUGUGCGGAAGCUCCUGGCGGACCUGUUAUUUUUGUUGUUGGGGAUGGGCUGAGUAUAGUGGCGAAUAUAUGGUGGAUUGGGGUGCCGAGCUCGCUGAUGCAAUUGCAUGCGCCCACGAAGCGGUGGAGCAGCCCGUGGCCCACGCGGUGCUCCCCGCGCUGCGUUCGGGCGAGCCCCUCGACAACCUUGUUGUCUCAGCGGAGGCCAUGGCACGGCUGCUGGACAUGGCUAUCCUUACAGGCGACGUGGACUUGGCUCAGAAGUGCGCCCAGUCCUGUGCGCUGAGGCCCCUGCGCCGCUGGCGUUCGCAGGACCUCUUCCCAGUAGACCAGUCGCGCCCUAUGAUUGCUUUAGAACCGGCCGUCAUGACAGCUGCCAUCCUGUCAGGCAUGCGCUUGCAGAGGCUCAACAUCGGAAUGCUGGACUGGUGGGGCGAGCUGGACGAAUGCAUCGUGCCCUUGCGGGAAGCCACUGCCCUGUGUGGCGACAUGCAUCUCUGGCAGAGUCUGGCCCGAAAGCUGCCGGCAGCACGGAAACCGUGGAUUCCAAGAUUGCUGGACUCGGGGCUGCUGUUGUGCACUCCUGGGGAGCCGCAUUUUUGGAACUGGGAGCUUUGCAUGAACCGGCUCAAAACUACUGCGCUAGCAAACAUGGCACUUGGGCAGUUUGUCAUUGAUGAUCCGUAUGGGUACUUCCGGCAUCGCUGCCGCGCAUGCGGUGCAGAGGUACUGAGUUUUACUCCUGAAAAUGCUCACUCUGAUCGUUAUUCCUUGCUUGACAUCGCUGUGUCUGGUGGGCAGUCAGCCUGCGCGGAACUGCUGGCAUCCAGGGGCGCUGCCUAUGCCUUAAAGAAGUGGACACGCCAGGCAUGCUUGCCAGACAAGCGGUGCGACCGCUGUGGAGAGGUUGCACUGGCCGCGGUGGCCAAUGCGCCGCUGCCAGAGCCCGGCACCUGGCUGCUUCGAUGGGACUGGGAAUGUAUCAAGCGCUGCUCGCCUGGGGCCAUGGGAAGAAGGCCUCAGAUCGCUUGCGUGCUAGAGGGGCUCGAGGAGGAGCUCUUGCAGUCGGCGCGUAAUGUCCAAGAGCAGUCGGCAAGCCCAGUUCAAGAGCAGGAGGAGGAGAGGGCGGUAGACGUGGGACAGGCCCAGCCAUCAGAACCUGCUGAAGCGCAGGUCGCGCAGGCAGCCCCUGAUGUGGAGACGGAAGGCCAGGAUGCAGAGCAUAUGAAGCCCACCGACGACUUGCUGACAGCCGUUCGCAACAGCAGAGAUGAAACGGUGCCUUUGAGCUCCGAUGGCGUGCUCUGCUUCCGACUCACGCGCAAGGCCAACGCUCCACACGUCAACGAGCUGCUCUUCAACAUUGAGGGCCCUUUGGCUGAGCUGCACCGGCGCGUGCUGGAAGCAGGCUGCGAGGUGGCCCCGGAGUGGUCGCCCGUGAAGGCCCUCUUCGUGCCACUGACGCAGGCGCAGCUCCUGGAGCUGACCGCAGACGGCAAUCCGGGUAAUGUGGAGCUGGGCAAGGAGCACAUCUUAGCCUUGCAGUCGGACGCCCCUUUGCUAAGGCAGGCCAUCCGCAGCCUCAGGAAGAAGAACCGCCCCCGCCUUCGUCCUUCAGUCCAUGGGGAUGACGAUGAGGAGGACGAGGAUGAGGCCGUGAUCGAGGUGGAGGUGUCGGGGCUGCGCACGGACUCUAGCGUGGGCUUUCCCACCUAUGAGGCGUGA